CAGGAACCAGGCCCGGGUCAAGGUUGCAAGAGAGGGAAAGCGAGAGAGAGAGGGAGAGAGAGAAAGGAAGGAAAGAGAGGAGUACCGUGCCUAUCUAGAACCGAGAAAGAGCUACUUCACCUUUGGUAGGUACGGAGUGAGGUACCUACCUGCCUGCCUUCCCAUAGAGAAGAUCGCACCUGCAAUAUUCAAUUAUUACUUCCACACGCCCGGCCCUGGUCUGCCAUUUUACGCGCCCUCUCUUCUCUCUUUUCCUUCUCCUCAACCUAUUCCAUUCCCCAUACUGGAAAAAGGAUCCUGUCCCUUUCGCUUCUGCUCUAGCAAACACAUCAUCGCUCCCUUUGUGUUGUGUCUUGUUUCUAUUCUCGCCUUUCCUCUAGACGUUCUCCCUCCCCGGAGUACUCGAAAACAUUACACCUUUGUCGCGGGCUCGAACUUGUACGGCAGAAACCACCCACAACUCUCUACCUAUCUCUUCAAAUAUCGCGCGACACGUUGAACGUUCCUUUUCGGCUAGCUACUACUGCACCGAACCGUCCGUCAUUACACACGAACGAAACCACUCACAAUCAUUUCCAACCUCAUCACACUGAGUCACCCAAAGACUCAUCACAGCUCACACAGCAACAAUAUCAAGUCUCAACCGGAUCGACGCCGACUCAUCGUACUCCCAAAGUACCCCAGGACUGGACUCCUCACCUAUUGUCUCGGACGAAUAGCAACACAACGCAAAUCUCGCGCAGGAUAAUCCACCACGGCCAGCCCGUCGUCUUAAUCACUUGUCUCGCUUCUGGUCAUCAUCACCGUGGACAGACGGACACACAGACACACCAUCAACCCAACAAUCACUCCCUCGGCAGAUCCUCUUAGUGACCGCCCCCAUUCACCUUUUUUCGGCAUCACUUCCCUGCUGCUCACUUGACUGCAACUGUCUUGCAGCACAAGAUCCACCUCACACGCCAGUAAAGGUCACAGGUCCAAUCACAAGUGCAGUCUCUAGCACUUUUUAUCACCACCAUCUGCCGCUCUUCACACUCCGUCACUGCACAACAGGCUCUUACUCCCGGAUCAGGCGCUUGCGUUCCGCUACUUAACUCAAGCUCACUUUCACGACCAGCAAGGCCUUGCGUUUUGCCCACGUCUUCGCACUGCCAAAUUCAGAUUGAGCUUCUGCUUACAGUCAUCAACAUGUCGUCUCUCUCACGAGCCUUUACUACCCGUCGGGUCAAGCAGAGCAUCGAUCUCUCCGACGCCGCGCGGGGGAAGGAGCGCAGCAACACCAUGCAGCGAAGCAAGACCACCAAGCACCCCGUCAUCAGACACAAGAUCUCUGCGCCUAUGGAGCUUGUUCAUACCACCAAUAUGCUCUCAUAUAACGCUCCCGAUAUUCGACCCCGGACCGGAACCGAUGCCUCGAGCAACUCAUCCAGGAAGUCUUCAGAGGAGGAUUCGGAAAGCGCCAACUCCGCCGCGUCGUCUCCCCCGACCAGCCCCGACGUCGCGCCUCACGAGCUGUCCAAGGAGCCAAACCACCUGUCCUGCUACUUUGUUGCCCCUGGCCAGGCUAUCAACUCUUCGAUCCCCGAAGUUCCCGCCAUUCCUUCCAUUCCCAAGCGCGCACCUUCGCACACGAAGCAGGCGUCAUACGACGCCGUUGCCCGCCAGCGCUCAGUUUCUCAGAUGUCCAAGGCUUCGGACAAGACCGUCUCUUCCAAGGCCAGCAUGACAUUCUCCUCGCGGGCGUCAUCGGGCUCCAGCUCUGCCUCUACCAUGUCUCACAGCUCAGUCGCCCCCGCUCCCAAGACCCCUGUGCCGCCUAUGCCCACGCCCGCAUUCCAGCAUCACCACCAGCCGAGACAUGAGAAGCCUGCCGAGCCGCACCCCUUCGGCCGCGAGUUGGCCCAGGUUACGGAAAUUGCAGAGGAGUUUGGCAUCAAGGACGACCUCAUGUACGAGGAGGAGCGCGCCCUCAAGGCGGAAGGUCUCUGCAAGUUCGCCGCAGAAGACUACCUCACGGAGGUCCAAAGCAUCUUCGCCAGCUUCUUCCACGACAGCCACGCAUCUCAACGUCCAAUGGCUGCCGCCGCUUGGAUCUGAUGCGUUGAUCACUUUUACCGCCUGCCGGGCAUACCUUACUUGAGAACUCUUCUUUGUACAUACUUGCAGGAAGCAAAAAAAAAAACAACCUGACUACGACCUCGGCCUUUUUCUUAGGAAGGGAGAUGACGAAAACGAGACUUUUGGCUCAGACAAUAGCCUCACUUGGAGCGGACACUUCGCGAGACGGAGGGAGAUUGCUCUGUUUGGAACCUGACGCCCAACUACAUAUGGGAUAAUUGGCGUUUCUGUGUAUAUACCUUUGAAUGACGUGUGGAUAUUCCCCGAUAGUGCCUCAUAUAGAGGCAUCUACCAAUAUUGCUAUUGAUAACUAGCUACAUCAUUUGUGCGGCAUGUUUUCAUG